UGGGAGUAGACACUGUGACUCAGUCACCACCAUCCUCAGCACUUAGCAUAGCACCUAGCACCUGGUAGGCUAACAGGCUGCGUGGACCCAUGCAUGUGUGAAUGAAUGAACAGAAGGGGCCCCAGAAUGUCUCCGCCUAAGUCCCAGAUCCUCUCUAGACCCCCGAGCAGGCUUUUUGGGGAGGCUUCAAGGAACAGAAGGAUCUCUUUUAUUGGGGGCAUCAUGCCUUACAGAUGUAAAGUGUUUCUAUUUUUUUCCCAAAGAGUUAUUCGUAUGCUUGAUCUUCACGGCAGUGUGACUGGGGCCCUGGGGGACCCUAUCAUCUAUCACUAUCUUAUUGACAAGGACACUGAGCCUCAGAGCAAUGAUUUUGCCCUCAAUCUCAGAAUCCAUUAGGAUAGGGCAAAAUUUCCCAAUGGUGUGACUUCAUCAAACGCUGAAACCUGAUUGAAAGCCAGGGGUCUGGGUCCCCAUCUUGCUCUAUCGGGUGAAUCGCGGGGCCUGGGAGAAUCUUGUUUUACUGCCCCUAGAUCGGGAAGAGGAUGGAGAGGCACAUGGUCGAGGGGCCUCUGUCUAAGCACUUCGAUUUGGAGAGGAAGAACGCCAGGCAGGCCGACGCCAGGCUCAGCCAAAGACUGCAGAGACUGGAGCGGGUCUGCCUCUACCACAUGAAGUUGCUGACCCGCGAGCAGAGACAGCUCCAGAAAGAACUGCAGAGGCUGCGGGAAGAUAUUGUCAAGAAAAAGCUCUCCUCUGAUUUGUGGAAUGGAAUUCAGAAGAGACCAGAAGACGUCCUUGUGUCCUCACCACCAAGAGGGAAGAAGCAUGGAGGUCCACACACUAAUAGCGUUAGAGUGCUGGCCACCAACAUGACCCAAGAAAUGUACAGAACUAAGUCCCAGAUGCCUCUUUUCCAUCACGCUGGCUUCAAAGACGCCACGAAAAGCAAAGAGCAGUCGCUAUCUCAAAAUUACAGAGCUUCUCACUUCACAGCCGAGAAGCCACAAGCCCAAGAAGAAGAUUUCAUGAGCCCACCAAAAGGCAAAGACUCCAACAAGGGCAUCUCUAUUCUAUGUCAACAUCAAGACGUCUCCAUCAACACCCUAGACCAAGGCCCUGGUUCCAGCCCACUUUGUGAAAGUAGAACAGCACACAUGGAUGAGACCAGACCAAAGGAUGCCAGCCUAAACCCAGACCCCAAUUCGGGGAAACAAAGUCCCUUGAAUCCCAUGGAAUGUGCAAGAAACUUGAAAGGCGAGUCCUUCACACCUACCUUCUUAGAGCUGUUUGCUAAGGUCAGAAAUGCCCACUACCUCCGGCACAGGGUCCCCCCGGAGUCUGAGAGAUUGCUUAGCAUUGGGGAGAUAUUCGGGCACAAGGAAUCCUUACAGCCCAGAACAGGACAGGAGUGUAAGAACAGGGGAUAUAAUCUCUCACUGAAUGAGCAAUACAAGUAUACAAAAAAGGAGGGGAGAGAUGAAUCUUCUGACAACACUUUAAGGGGUGCGUAUAUGUUGCGGAUGUCAUCAAAAAUAUGAAUCUACAUUGACGACUAGACUUUUUUCGAAAGGAAAAAUAUGAAGGGUCCUGCUUACGUUGGCCACCCUUUUCUUAUAGGAAGUUCUUAUGGUGCCACCUUCUGGCACAAUGACAUAGCUCUUCUCUUCGAGUUCACAUCUAACAUCCAUGCGGGGAGAGGGACUCAGUUGGAAACAGUUACCAUCAUGCGGUCUAUAAUUAAAACCUGCUCUCUCCUGUCACAGCCCUGGGCUCAUCGGGAAGUCCUUGCCUCACCUCUUUCCUUUCCACGUGGCUCCACUUUAGCUUUCUCAUUCUCGUUUCCACGUGCUCAUAUCACAC